GCUCGUUGUGAUGAAAAUACAAACAAGUGUCUAGCACAUGAUAGCUAGCGAGCUGUGUGUGGGGGUUUUUAGGGGUAAAAUAGCUCAAUUAUGUUUAAUUCAUUGUAGGCAGAAAUCUAGUUCUUUAUGAAGAAAUGUAGCUAUGUCAUUUGUGUUUUGUAUGCCUUGAACAGAGAUAAAGUCAAGUGAAUAGACGUUGUUUGAGUUGUAGCUAACUUAGCAGGAACGUUAACGUUAGCAUGGACAAAAUAGCUAGGCCAAGUGCAAAGAUGAUACAGGAAUCCUCUUUUCAAUUAGCUGGAUUCAUUUAAAUAUUAUAUUUAUCAUCAUACAGGUUAGCCAAAAGGCUGUAAAAUGUAUGGCGCUCCUGUGGAUUUAUCAUUCAAAUGCCUCAGCUCAAUGACAGACGCUCUGACGGAGGAGCCAAAUCAGGGCUUGCGCCCACUGAAGCGAAAUGCAGAGAAGAAGUUCUGCAGCCGCUCGCUGCGUCUCAACAACAACAUCAUCACAGACUUGAGUGGCUUCAAUAAUACGGUCUCAGCCUUCCUCUCAGAGCCCUCACAGCUCGCCUGGGUCGACCUGUCCUUCAACGACAUCUCACACAUAGACCCAGUCCUGGUGGAGCUGAAGGAACUGCGGGUGUUGUAUCUCCAUGGUAACAGCAUCUGUAACCUUUCAGAGGUGGAUAAACUGGGCGCCCUGCCCUUCCUACAUACACUCACCCUGCACGGCAACACCAUGGAGAAUGAGGGGAGCAACAGGGGGUAUGUGAUUGCUGCUCUGCCUCACUUGAAGAAGUUGGACUUCAGUGCUGUAACACGGCAGGAGCGAAUCAUGGCCCAGGUCUGGCAUCGCCCCGGAAACCGUGGAAAAAACACCAGGAAGAACCAGGACGACUGACCUGUCACCACAGAAACGGAGGGAGGGGGGACACAAUCGUCAUGCCAACCAACCAAAGGGUUCCAGAACAACAGGCUUACAUCAGGAGGCCUUAUGACUGAAGCGUCAUGUAAAAGUACAAUAUGAAUCUACUCAUCAGAAACUCUGUCUGGUGUCUGUCUUAGAGUUGGGGGGGAAGGAAUAGUACAUCUACAGUAGAUGUGAUUUCUGCUUAAUUAGGAUAUUCCUGACCUUUUUGUGACCUUGACCUAUAUAAUUAUUGAACUGGAACAGUGGCCACCCAGGCUAAAGGUAUAGAGUCCUCUCAAUCAAACUGUCCAAUAUGCACCUUUGUACACUGAACAAAAAUAUAACACAACAUGCAACAAUUUAAAAGAUUUUACUUAGUUACAGUUCAUAUAAGGAAAUCAGUCAAUUUCAAUAAUUCAUUAGGCCCUAAAUCUAUGGAUUUCACAUGACUGGAAAUACAGAUACCUUACAAAAAAAGGUAGGGGCGUGAAUCACAAAACCAGUCAGUAUCUGGUGUGACCACCCUUUGCUUCAUGUAGCGGGACACAUCUCCUUCACAUAGAGCUGAUCAGGCUGUUGAUUGUGGCCUGUGGAAUGUUUCUGGAUAUUGGCGGGAACUGGAACACGCAUGAAUGGCACGACAAUGUGCCUCAGGAUCUCGUCACUGUAUCUCUGUGCAUUCAAAUCACCAUCAAUAAAAUGCUAUUGUGUUCAUUGUCCGUAGCUUAUACCUGCAUAUACCAUAACCACACCGCCACCAUGGGGCACUCUGUUCACAACGUUGGCAUCAGCAAACCGCUCAUCCACACAAUGCUAUACACGCUGUCUGCCAUCUGCCCGGCACAGUUGAAGCCAGGGUUCAUCCGUGAAGAACACGCUUCUCCAGCGUGCCAGUGGCUGUCGAAGGUGACCAUUUGCCCACUGAAGUCCGUUACGACCCCGAACUGCAGUCAGGUCACGACCCUGGUGAGGACUACGAGCACGCAGAUUAACUUCCCUGAGAUGAUUUCUGACAGUUUGUGCAAACCCACAUUUUCAUCAGCUCUCCGAGUGGCUGGUUUCAUACGAUCCCACAGGUGAAGUAGCCGGAUGUGGUGGUCCUGGGUUGGCGUGGUUACAUGUGGUAUGCGGUUGUGAGGCGAGUUGGACGUACUGCCAAAUUCUCCAAAACGACAAUGCGGCUUAUGGUAGAGAAGUGAACAAUGAAAUAUCUGGCAAUUGCCCUAGUGGACGCUCCUGCAGCAUGCCAAUUGUACGCUCCCUCAAAACAUCUGUGGCAUUGUGUCGUGUGACAAAACUGCACAUUUUAGAGUGGCCUUUUAUUGUCCCCAGAACAAGGUGCACCUGUGUAAUGAUCAUGCUGUUUAAUCAGCUUAUUGAUAUGCCACACCUGUCAAGUGGAUGGAUUAUCUUGACAAUGGAGCAAUGCUCACUAACAGGGAUGUAAACAAAUUUGUGCACAAAGUUUGAGAGCUUUUUGUGCAUAUAGAACAUUUCUGGGAUUUUUGAUUUAUUUCAGCUUAUGAAACAUGGGACCAAAACUUUACAUGUUGCGUUUAUAUUUGUUCAGUAUAGGUGUUAUUUUGUGUUGAAAUCUGGAUGUGAGAAUUUACACUUUACCACAUGUGAAUCAAUAGGUAUGAGAUAUACCAGAGAAUCCCUAUCAUGGUAAAUAAUAUCUUCUGAGAAAGUGUUUUUAAUGAUAUCCAUUAGUUAUGCUACGCACACUCAAUGAAAUGUGAUUCAUUGUUCUUUAGGUUUGUUUCAAUGUUACCCCACACAACUAUUUCUGUACAGUCCUACAGAACACCAGUCAUUGUUGAACAUCUUUAAUGCAUUACAUAAUUAAAUGGGGGUGGGGGGGAAAUGUAACAGAAUAUCUUAAACGUCUUGGUACUAGCCUAAAAAAUUAACAAUGUAAUCCCAGUAAUAUUACACAUUGAAAUAACGAAAACAAACGUAACGUUCUCAGCACACUGCAAAAACCCCAAAUGAAAGGUCUUGUAAUAUAUGCUGGCUCCUUUCCUGUUACGUGGAAUGUGUACAUUUCCCAACUUGACCUUCUGUAACAUACAGUAUAUAUAUGGAACACAUGUAAACCCUUUAUUAAGUCAAAUCAAUUAAAGGACACAGCCUUCCA